UAAUUCACUUAUUCUCUAAUUUAAAAAAAUGUUCGUGUUCGUUCAAACUGCUGUGCAAAGAGAUCGUGGAAAUGUACGUUCUGGAGAGGGUGCGUGGCCGUGGCCGUGGCCGUGGCCUUUCCCGGCGUGUGUUUCAUCCGUCUCUUACCUGAAGCGUAGGGACAUGCCCGUUAGGAGCGUUUACUUGUAUUCGUCCUAGACUUUGAGUUUCACUCGGGCAGGAAGUGGGUGCACCAGGUGAGGAGGGUGAGGAUUUCCACGGCAACUGGACUUGGCGAAACGGCUGAAUUCCAACGUGAUGUGACUGCAGGGGCCGAGGAGGUGCAGGAAUAGCCAGGUUCCAGCCGCUGAGCCCUCACUCAGGGUCGGCUGCAGCUGAAGCCUGUGUGUCUGUCGCCUGCCUCCGAGUUCGUGGUGCAGGGGGUGGUCCCGGAGGCAGAGGACGGGGGCGGGGGGACACGAUGGUGGAAGGAGAUGGACUCCGGUGGUGGACGCGCUGUACAAUACACAGAUGGUGCAUCAUAGAAGUGAACCUCCGAAACCUAGAUGGUUGUAUUAACCAAUGCCACCCCAGUAAAUUCAAUAACAAAAAAAGAGAAGAGAUUGUGCAUUUUAGCAUUGCUAUAAAUUGCUCCACUGGUUCACGCAGGGAUCUUUUCAAAUAGUCUCAAAAUGAGUUGGAGAAAUUGAAGUUCCAUUUCAGUUAUAUUGGGGCUCCCAAAUUCCACCCGUUUCCACCCUGAAGACCUAACGUAGGUUCUCCUGGGACCGAAGGUUCUUCUCCUUUCGAAGGGGCGACGCGAUGCCCCUCAGAGCGUUCUGUCUUGGGCAGCACAACCACCAACUUCAGCGCCAAGGCCUUGGGGAUAUAAACUGGACCACUGGAAUCAGGAACUGUUGUGUGAAUGGAAAACGCUUGACCAUGUCUCACUUCUUUUGUCAUCGUGAAAAAAUACGUCUGUGCCCAUUAACCAACACAUGUUGUCCAAGCCAGCGUUGGUUUCUGUCAUUCCUUCCGCAGUCAUUUAGUCAAGAGAGUCUGUUCCUAUCAAUUACUGAAGCCAUAAAGAAAAAAAUUUGAACUAUCAUGAUGAGGUGUUUCCACAUCUGCAAACUUCCUGGCAGAGCGCUGGGCACCCGCGUGCUCCGCCUCUCUCUGGUGGCCGUCCUCCUGCUGCUCCUGGUGGCUGGGGCCCUCACCACUCUCCUCCCCAACAACAAAGAUGACAAGAUGCUCUCGUGGCGGAGGGAGGUGAAGGCCCAGGGCCAGUCCGCCCUGGCUUCCUUCACUCUCAUCAUGCAGACGUACAACAGGUCGGAUCUGCUGCUGCGGCUGCUCAAUCACUACCAGGCGGUGCCGCAGCUGCACAAGGCCAUCGUGGUGUGGAACAAUGUCGGGGAGAAGCCACCGGAGGACUUAUGGAACUCUCUGGGGCCGCACCCCGUGCCCGUGAUCUUCAAACCCCAGACCACCAACAGGAUGAGAAAUCGGCUCCAGGCCUUCCCUGAACUGGAGACACAGGCGGUGUUAAUGGUCGAUGACGACAUGCUAAUUAGCGCCCAAGACCUUGCGUUUGCUUUCUCCGUUUGGCAGCAAUUUCCUGACCAAAUUGUAGGAUUUGUCCCCAGGAAGCAUGUUUCCACCGCGUCGGGCGUCUACAGCUACGGAGGCUUUGAGCUGCAGACCCCGGGCGUGGGGGAUGGUGACCAGUACUCCAUGGUGCUGAUCGGGGCCUCCUUCUUCAGCAGCAAGUACCUCGAGCUCUUCCAGAGGCAGCCCGCAGCCGUCCACGCCCUGGUCGAUGACACGCAAAACUGUGACGACAUCGCCAUGAACUUCCUCAUUGCCAAGCACACUGGGAAGACUUCGGGGGUGUUUGUAAAACCUGUAAACAUGGGCAACUUGGAAAAAGAAACCAGUGGGGGCCAUUCGGGAAUGUGGCAUCGAGCGGAGCACUUCCUGCAGAGGUCUUACUGCGUCAAUAAGCUCGUCAGCGUCUACGGCGGCAUGCCCCUCAAGUACUCCAACCUCAUGAUCGCUCAGUUCGGCUUUCCCUAUGCCAACCACAAAAGCAAGCUGUGAACGCCAAGCAGAAACAAACCUCACACGGCUUAGUAGUUGAAUAGCUUCUCCACACUGUGGUUGCUUGUUUUUAAGCAACAUCAUGAACUUUUAUCCACCCUGGAAGUCUCUACAAAGGAAAACAUCGCAGCACUUCUUGGAUGUAAAAGCCACAUGAACUUCAAAACCCAAGAGCCGGGAGGUCUUCCUGUGAGGAGCGUUCACGCACGGACGUAACUCCUGGGGCAGUGACUUGAUUGCAUUCUGAAAUGGCCCUACCGUUUCUUUGACGCCUGGCAUUUGCCUUAAGGACCCAUCGUGAGCUGUUUCCAGGACCAGAAGCACUUCAGCUUUUUCAUUAAAGGACAGUCGCUUGCAUUCAAAGUCUGAGAUGCUUCUAAGCAAAGCGCCCGUGGUGCUGGAGAAAGGCACGAGGAGAGAGAGGUCUCACCGUAUCACACAGUGGAACUUUCCUGACUCAGUGUCCAGCUUCCUGUGGUCCCCCAGCCAGCCUUCCCAGGGCUGACUCAGCCUGGCUCGGCUUUGGGGCAACCAUCGUGCUUUUCUUUCUGCCCAUCAGUCUGCAGGACUCUGAGGCUUCAUGUCACAGCUGAAGGACAUCUCUGUUCUACUUGAUCUCCAUGAGUGUUUCCUGCAUGGAUCACGGGAAAGUGCAGCUGCGCUUUUUAUAAACAGCUAACAUGCGGCGAGGAGUCGAUGUUUUACCAGGUUCGGGUAGUGCAUUUUUGUCACUGAGCCUGACCCUGAGAUGGUACAUUGGUUUUUAUUUUUUAUAAAAUAUCCCUUCUGAAAGAAUGUUGAGUAGGCACAGGCAGAAGUCAAAACUCUAGUAUCAAAAGGUCUUUACUGUUGGGGUAUAGGUUAUUACAUGGAUGCUAGAGUCGUGUUUGUUAUACACAGUCAGUUUCUUACAUUGAGAACUUUUUUUUCUCUGCCAAAAAGAAGAUCUAAGGCACUAUUCAUCAUGCAAUUUUGAUUAAUAGAUACAGGAAGAAAUAAAGGAUCUUUCUCAUGGUGGAGGAAUUCUGUGGGGAGUCUGCACAGGUCAGGUUACAUUGCCCACUCUGCUGUACGAACUAGUAUGUGUUCCAUGGUGUCUGGUCCUUGCUCAUCACUGGCAGCGAGGAGCACUUACGUAGGCCUCUUGUCUUCCCCCUCUUCUUCCUCCCCGUCCACCUCUCCCUCCCCCUCCUCCUCCCAUAAAGCCAUUAUAUCCCCAGAAUUGCAAAGCUGUGAAAACAUUAUAAUAAUCCUGGUUUAUGUUCCAACAAUGAAGUCUUUGUAUAGGUAGUCCAGUAUGUGUUUUCUUUUGCCUUGGCAUGUGUGUGUGUGUAACGCAGUCAGAUGAAGCCAGUAGAAAGCAGAAGCUAAGAAUGUAAUGUUAGUUAUCUGCUCUGUCCUCUUGGGAUUGCACUGUCACAUAAAUAAAAUAAGCUUCUACCGUU